GUUUUUGUUAAGAUAAACUGAAUAAAUGUGACCGACAUGGAAAUUGUUGUUUGCUGGAUUGUGUUGUUAACAUGGGGUUUAGUGAAGGGCGAAGACUUCAAUAUUAAUUGUAAUGGAGAUUGUAACAGAACUGUGGCAAACAAUACAACUUGCAAUGUUAAAUGGGUUGAAAGCAUGCCAUGGUCAAACCAUGAAAAAACAGCACCAAGUCCAACUAUUGUUUCCGGAAAUUGGUUUCUUUACAACAACGGACAGAGUUUAGAAAUAGGAGUGAAUAUUACAUGGAAACAGAAUGCUGCUGUUUUCAACUUUGUACAAGGGUAUCUUUUGACCAUGACGUCUCUUAAAUCAAUGGCUGGUCGUUCGUCUAAGUGGAUAUUCAACGCUUCUGUUUCAUCACAAACGAUAAAUCGUUAUGAAAACUUGGUCUUCAAUUACAAAUGCUUCCAUUAUGGGACAAAAAACUUCAUUCGCGCUGGUCGCACUUAUGUGUUAGAUGUAUAUGCUAUGCCAGUGUAUGAGGAACAAAAUGAAAAAGUUUUUGAUACAAUUGACAUCAAAAUUCCAGAUUGCAACAGCAACGUGGAAAUUGCUGAGUCAACAUAUUGCAGAGAUGAGCAAACAGAUUAUUUAUAUUUAGACUUCGAUGAAAAUGAAAGUGAUGAAGUAGAAGUUACUACUGCAGCUCCAAAAGAUUCGGCACCAAGCAAACUUCUUUGGUUGUAUAUUGUAAUCCCAUUGUUGAUGUUGAUCGUCACAAUCAUUACUGUUUCAAUCUACAGACAUAGGAGACGCAAAGCCAUAGUUGCAGGCUCAGUUGUUAUUCUGUGCAGUCGAGAUUCACAUUAUGGUGAAGUGACAUCUAGAUUGGCAACUUGGUUGAAGGAAUACAUGAAUCGUGAUGUAGAAUGUAAUAUGUGGAGACAAACCGAUAACAAUAUCUUGGAUUGGUGUAACAAGCAAUUGAAAGAAGCUUCCCAAGUAAUUCUUGUAUGUGGUGAAAAAGAUUAUGAGGAACAGAUUGUGCACAGUGAUCCAUUUGUUGUUGCAGUUAAUAGAAUGAAAAGCAAUGUUACCAAUGCAAACUUUUACAUGGUUGCAUUUCAUGAUGAAACCAAAUCUAAAUUUCCACUAGACAAAGCAAAGAAGUUUGUUCUUAUGAAAGAUUUUAAACGUUUUAGCAAGAAAUUUGCCGGAUCUGAUUUCAUACCUUACCCAGUAGAGCAGCAAGAUGUAUUGAGAAAGAAAAUUGAACAAGCUGUUGCAGUUGGUUCUAACCCUGCUACAAUUCCAAUGCAAGAAGCAAGUCUGGUGAAGUUUGUUAGCACAGACAAUAUAGAUCGUGAUUCUGGCAUCUCAUGCAAUGGUCAAAGCUUGAAUGUUGCUAACCCUGAUAUAACCCUUUCUAUACAACCAACACAACACAGUAGUUCAUUAUAUACUAGCAGUGAAUACUCAAGCUCACAGUUUUCUGGAGGUGACUUCACUGGUUCAGGAUAUCCAAGUGUCCACGGAAGCACUAUGAUGUCAACAGCUACACAGCCUUCUAAUGACUCCACUGUGUGAUAAAAACUGCAAUAUGCUCAUAGUAUAUACAACAACUAUAGCAAAACACAGCAUACAUUUCCUUCACAAUACAAAACCACAAAAUUAUAUGAAGGUAUAAGUGAACUUAUUUAUCCUGUUGUAACAGAGCAACAACAGUCUUCAUAACACAGUCAACUUAUUUCAUACACUAGGAACUUAAAUAAAAAUGCUAGCAUUAUAAACCUAUAAAAAAGCUGCCAUCUUUUACUUUAUAGAAUCUUUACGCUAACGUUUUAGGUUUUCUGGAUUUCAAAUCCUACAAUACACAUUUUCCUUACCACGAGGAGUUCAUUUUCUUUUACUUUUGCUACGAUAUAUACUCAAUUUAAAUGUAUAAACAUUGGGUUAUGGGAUAUUGUCAUUUUUAUUUUAUUUGAAAAAUAGUGUCUACUGUAUUACAGUUAAGUAAAUGAUUCUCUGUAUUUUAAUUUUGAUCAAUCUCAGUACUGUGCCUUGAUAGACUGGUGGUAAUGAAAGAUAUUUUUUAUUUGUAGUUCAUGUGCUGUGGUCAGUUAACUGUAUUUCAACUGUUCAACAAGAAAAGUUCCUUUUUUGUAUUGUUGGUGUUAUGAUUAGGUUUAUUUAAAAAAAUUCUUUAAACAAAAUUUAUAAAGGUCAAAUUUUCUUCAAAUUGUAUUUUUCUGCAGUAUUACUUCAUCACUUUGUUUAUAUCAGUGUGCGUGUAUGACAUUCCUUAUAAAUUUUAAAACUGUAGUUUUAUUUUUUAAAUUUCUAUCCCAUUUUCUUCUUAUUUUUCUCUUAAGCGAAAUUUUCUCUGUAUUUCUAACCCAAGAAAUGUGAACAUAUUUUGAGUGAUUGAGUAAAAUAAGUUGAUUGGUAUUAGGGAAUAUUUUUUGUUCUUGGCUAUUGUUUUCUGUUUGGUUAGUUGAUUCAUUUUUCGUA